AUGCCCGCCCUAUCCAACCCGCGCACUAUCCAAUCCGCACCUCCCGCCAGGUUGGUGCGCGACGCGGCGGAGCUACAGCUGUGCCGCAUAGAGCUGGAGCGCGUGCGGCGGGAUCCGGGCGGGCUGGCGGACGUAGGCAAGUGCCAGGAACGCCUGGCGCGACUCACGGGAACGGGCACUGUCACCCACGCCAAUGGCACCAUCGCGCCUGCGGAGACCCCAUUUGAGGACGUGGAGGGCAUGAGCGCUGCUGCGCUGAAAAAGGAAGUCAUCGACUUGCGGAUAGAGGUGGCGAUUCUGCGGCAGGAGAAGGUGCGGCUGGAGAGUGCAGAGAAGGAGCGCGCCGUGUGGGACAACGCCCUCGUGCCCAAGUCGGCAGUGGAGGGAGCGCGCAUGGUAGUGGCGGGUCACACAUGCCCCGUGGUGCCAGAAGCGCUGAUCAACGGCACACACGUCAAUUCCGUCUCAGGCCUAGCUGACCUUGUCUCCGCUGCAACGGCGCAAGCAAUCAACGCCUCUGUCGCUGCGGCUGCGGCUUCUGGGAAUGGCACGGACGGCAACAGCACGUUGGGCGGGGCUGCAGUGUUUCCGGUGGUGACGAACGACGCUGCGCUGGCGGCUGUUGAGGGGGGUGUGAAGGAGGGGGAGAAUACGACCCUGGCGAGAUGGAAUGGCUACGAGUGCAGGGCGAGCAUAGCGGACAUGAAGAGGUACCUCAACUACACGGUGCGGGCGGACUGUCCGCACGACUGGUUCUUCGUGCAGCGCCUCAUGUUCAUCAAGGACUGCUUCUCCCUGCCGCGCCGCCGCUGCUUCACCAUCACGCCCCGCGCCGUGCAGGAGCCCAUAGCGCGGCCCAAGUCCCUGUUCUCGCAGGGGGCACUGAUGGACUCGAACGUGCGGUGGGACCUGCACCAGUGCAAGUCGUUUGGGUGCCUGAACUCGCGAGUGGAGGGAGACUGCCGCAACUGCUUCAACAUGACUCUCGAGAGCAACCGCUGGAAGGCGCCCUUCCGCGGCUCCAUCACCAUGGCCGCUGUCAUCGCCAUGAAGCCCGGGUCGCUCAGGCUGGGGCUGGACGUGGGGGGCGGCACGGGCAGCUUUGCGGCGCACAUGGCACGGUACGGGGUGACGGUGAUGACCACGGCGUACAACGUGGAGACCACCGCCAAUCGCACGGGCGGCCUGCCCUACAUGGAGGCCAUUGCGCUCAGAGGGCUCAUCCCCCUGCACUCGCCGCACAAGGCGCGGUUGCCACUGUACGAUGCAACGUUGGACAUAGUGCACACGGUGAACAGCGUCAAGUACCUGCCCAUGCUCGAGUUCGAGGAGAUGCUCUUCGAAUGGGACCGCGUGCUAAGAGGAGGCGGGCUGCUGUGGCUGGAGAUGUUUUACGCGCCCAAGGAGGAGAUGCCGGCGUACGUGGCGCUGAUAGAGCUGCUGGGCUACAGCAAGCGCUACUGGAACUACUCGCCCAAGAACGACGCAGGGGAGAGGGACGGCGAGCACGUGUACCUCAACUGCGUGCUUGAAAAGCCCUUCCGCCCCGGCACCCAGCUGCUCGACGGCCCUCCCAAGGAAGACCUCUCCUGGGACUAA